UAUCGUCACUUCGCUCUGAAAGUAGCUACACGGAGGGCAUGGCACUGUGUGGAGUGAAGGGGACACGUUUCUUGGGACCCAAUGUGUACCCAGAAGCCCCUGACGGAGGCUGGGGAUGGGCGGUUGCUGUGGCCUUCUUCGUGGUGGAGGCUUUCACCUACGGUAUCAUUAAGAUCUUCGGCAUCUUCCUCCAGGACCUGAUGGAGGAGUUUGGAGAGACCAACAUUCGGGUCUCCUGGAUUCUCUCCAUCUGCGUGUUUGUCAUGAACUUCAAUGGUCCUCUCUCCGCUGUGCUGACAAACCGAUUUGGGUUCCAACCUGUUGUUAUGAUCGGAGGAUUACUCAUUGCAUCCGGUACCAUUGCAACCAGCUUUACCAGCUCCGUCAAUCAAAUGUACAUCACCUAUGGUUUAAUUGCAGGUCUGGGCUACUGUCUGACCUUCCUGCCCACUGUGACCAUCCUUUCCCAGUAUUUCACACGCCGACGGUCUCUGGUCACAGCCGUGGCCUCCACUGGAGAGUCCCUGUCCAUGUUCGCUCUAGCACCAGCCUUUUCUGCCUUGAGGGACCGUAUUGGCUGGCGACAUACCAUGGCAGUAAUGGGAGGUUUGCAGAGCACCAUAAUAAUCGGUGGUGCUCUGCUUCGGCCAAUCAUUAUCAAACCCAGAUCGACCCAUGACACAGAGACUGACGAAUUGUCCUCCAAGGACCUGGAAGCUCUCAGUACAUCAGAAAAUGGCGAGGGCACAAACAUAGAGGACUGUAGCAUAAACAAUACCUCACAUGCACAAAAAAACUCCCAUGAAUGUGAAACGGAGGAGAAAAAGAGCGAAGAUGCAGAGAAACAAGUGAUGAAAGGUGGGGGAAUGAAAUCCGGUGACGAAAAGCCAUCUGCAAAGAAAUCAAAACUUCUUGACUUCUCCGUCCUCAGAGAGUGCAGCUUCAUUCUCUACUCUCUGUUCGGACUGCUCGCCAUGCUCGGCUUCUUCGCCCCUCCGCUCUACAUCAUCGAGCUGAGCGUGAGUCGCGGCGUGGAGCGGGACCUCGCCACCUACACGCUCUCCAUCAUGGCCGUGGCGGACAUCUUUGGCCGACUCUCCAUUGGGUGGAUCCUGACGCGGGAGCGGUUCAGGAAGGUGAAGCUGCUUGUGCUUCUGGUGUGCGUGAUCGCAAUGACGGGGGAUCUGGUUGGAUUCACUCUGGCUGCGGAGUUCUACGGCCUGGCUGUGUGCUGCGCUUUAUAUGGGUUCUUUAUGGGAACAAUAUCAUGCAGCCACAUCCCCAUGCUGGCUGAGGAUGACGUGGUGGGCAUAGAGAGGAUGCCUUCGGCCGCUGGCGUCUAUGUGUUCAUACAGAGCUUUGCUGGGCUGGUUGGACCCCCACUUGGAGGUGUGCUGGUGGAUGUGACUCAGAACUAUGGAUCCGCCUUCUACUCCUGUGCAGUCGGCAUGGGACUUAGUGCCCUGUUCCUGAGUUUGGUAAAGCGUGCGAAGGAAGGAUUACUCUGUAGGAGGAGGAACUCCAAACGCCCCGAAGACGCAGAUGAAAGGGAAGCGGACUCUGAGCAACAGAGAGUAGUGAUUGAACCGUACAAAAGACCCGACAGUCCUCAGGAUUGCUCUGAAGUAGACGACCAGACGGAGGCCACAAGAGAUGUCCCGGACUUUAAUACAUUCAGCUUGGGCUGAUAAGAUGGAGGAAGGGUAAUAAA